AUGAAGAACUUAGAAAGUCGGCAGGCGGCGGUCACAUUACUACAGAUAAAAAAUUACGAUCCCAGUAAAUAUACGAUAAAAAGUGAAGCCGAAUCUCAUAUAAUGUUCAACAGUGUACCGAGUCUACCUCCUGCGGAUAGAGCGCGAGAGGUGAUGCACUGCAAUACUGUCAUUGAUAUUAUAAGUAAAGCGGUAGCGGUGGCGCAGCGGGAAAAUGAAGAAUCUCAAAAAAUUCCACCGAAUUACACGAGUGUGAUAGACAGAACACAAGCGGGCGGCACCGCUGAUGUCUACCCGCACGACUACACGGAAGAUCAGUACAACGCUUACAGUGCAACGCAGAAUGCGCCAAGUCCGUGUAGUAACGAAGAUCAUGACAACAAAGAAAUGGAUCUCUCAUUAUACAGCUCAGUUAAAAAUGAGCCACCUGAACAAAACGAACAACAAGAACACACAAACACAUAUUUCCACAGUGCACUGACACGCAACAAGUCUACAAACUUCGUGGAUGAGUACAAACAACAUGUUUUUGGUGGAGAAGACUACAAGCAACACGCUUUCGGGAGGUCGGCCAAUAAGAUGAAAGCAUCGAUGAAAGAAAAUUCUUCCGUUUAUGAGGAGUGCAGUCAAAGCAGUAGUGGGUCGGAUCCAGAUAGACUACAGAUGGAUAUAUCUCAAAUGUCGCAGGACGACCCUGAAGAGACACAGUCAGCCCGAUCAGCGUUAUCGUCUCCACAACCUCCUCAAGAGCAUGAACAGGAUAAGGAGUCGCUCUGGCAAGCACUUCAUAGACAAAAUGGUCGCAGCGGAGAAGCAACACAACUACUACGACGGUUAAUCAAUAGCAAGCAACUAGGGAUGACAGUAUCGCCCUUGCGGGCGCCUGCCUCACCGCUAUCCUCUACAUUACAGCAGCCGAUCAAUGGCUCUGUAUCCCCGAAUAGCGAAUGGCAGGGCUCAGGACGCGCUGCAAACAUGGCGGGUACUGGGCGAAGAAAACAAAGUUUUCCGGCGCGAGCCCAAACUAUCGCGUUAGAUCCACCUUUAAACAACCCUCUAUGGCCGGCUGUCUCCGAAAAUCAGGAGCCCCCAGAAACGUCGUCAACAGGUGGAGCAACAACGCGGCCUGGCAGUUCCCGCGUCGAACUGUCGUGCAGUAAUUGUGGCACUCACACGACCACGAUAUGGAGACGUGACGCUCGCGGCGAAAUGGUGUGCAACGCCUGCGGGCUGUACUUUAAAUUGCACGGCGUACCGCGCCCCACUGCCAUGAGACGGGACACGAUACAUACGCGGCGUCGGCGACCACGACACGAUGCCAAACAUAACAAAAGCAAGUCUAGGCGAAGCGGCGGUAGCGGCGGGGGCUGCGGCGGCGGGGGCGGGGGUGGAGCGCCGAGCGAGGCGGGCGAGGGCGCGGGCUCGGGCGGCGAGGGCGCGGAGGAGGCCGUGCUGGCGGCGCUGCGGCGACAGCUGCAGCCGCACCUGCUGGCCGCGCUGCACGCGCACAACACGCGCGCCCUGAGGCCCAUCCGCGACCAGGUGGGCCACGCCCCGGAGUACGACGAGGCUCCGCUGAACCUGGUCGCGUCGCACGUGGCCGCCACCGAGGAGACGCACUGA